AUGUCAGAAGAUCAACGUAUAACAAAUCGUCUAACAUAUCCAUUAUCUUAUUUAACUAAUAUAAAUGAAGAUACAAAAGGUGAAUUAGUACAUUCUAUUAUUGAUUUUCAACAAUAUCAUCAAAAACAAGAACAAACUAUUAAUACAUGUGCAGUACCAAUAAAUGUAUGUUGUGUUUGUUCUAAUGAAAGUGAUCCACAAUUAUUACAUUCUGAUGUACAAGUAUUAUGUGCUACUCCAGGUUGUAAAUAUAGUGGUCCAAUACACAAGAAAUGUUUAGAACAUUGGGAUGCAUGUUGUGACUUCUAUUGUCAUUUAUUAAAUAAUUCGUUCAAUAAUUCAUUAUUACAAGCAUCAACAACAUUUGAUACAACCUCAACAAUAAAACCAAACGUUUCGUCACCGUCGUCAUCAUCAUCAACAUCAAUUCUAUCAAAUUUCAAUGAUUCACCUUUGCAUAAAUCAUUUAUGGAAGGUUUAUUUCGACUUUAUGAAUGUCCAGCAUGCAAUCAAUAUACAUUGUAUAGAUCAUCAAUUCAUUCAACAGUAACUUCCACUUCUAAUGUUACUGGUCAGACAUCACAAACAUUACCAUCUACACCAUCCAAUCAUUUUACAAGUGUUUUAUGUGCUAUUCAAUAUGCAACUGAAAAACUAAAUCAAUCUGAAAAUCCACUUCAAUCAACAUUAUUACAAUCUGAUCCAUUUUCACAAUGUAAACAAUACACCUCGAAUUCACCAGUGGAUUGUAUUGGAUCAAUGGAGUUAUUACCAAAUUUCUUGGAUGAUUUAAAACCUCAGUCGAAAAUGCUCAUAACAAAUUCAUCAACAACGGUUAGGUCACAUUCUUAUGUUCAACCACCAUUGAUUACGGAUAGGUUCAGUGAUAUUUUAAGACGAUUUUCAUUAAGUCGUGAUACGAAUGAUCCUACUAAAUUUUCAACUAGUAAUACAUCAAGUAGUAUGAGUAGUGGAUAUCAUAGUGGUUUAUCAACCGGUGAACAUACUGUUGAUCCUAGUCGCCGUUGUAGUGAUAAUUCAUAUGAUCAAUUUAUGUUUUCAAUGAAAGGAGAAGAUCUUAUGAAAGGGAAUGAAGAGAAUUCUAUACCAUGGGGAAUGACAAAUAUUCAAACAGGUCAAUCAAUACCAAGAGCAUUAAUCAAAGGGGCAACUAUAAAUAAUCCAAUUAAAUUACCAAAUGAUGCAGCUAUGUUAAAUGACGUUACCAAGUAUUCAAUUGAUUCAUCUACGCCAACAACAAGAAAGAGUUAUUCAUCAACUGUGAACUUGGAUGAUCUUUUUGACAGAAGUUUAGAUACUAUUAUGAAUAACAAUACUACUAACAACAAUGACAACAAUAACAGUAUUGGUAACAUUAAUCUUAUGAAUAGACCUCUGUCAGCAAUUGGUAGUCGACGUCAUCACUCUACAUCUGAUGGUACUGGAAAUAUUAGCUCUUCAACUAUUGGAGGUAUUACUAAUACUACUACGACGACUACUACUUCUACUACGAUUGCAAAUACUGCAUAUCAUCAUAAUGUUAAGUCGAAUACUACAUGGUCAAAUGAUUCAAUUAGUAAAUCAAGAAUGACUCAUUGGCAUGGUAAUAGUAAUGUUGAAACGAAAAUGAAGAAGGUUGUUAAUACUAAAGGAAAUAUAUUUCUACAAAGGCAUGAUUUCAAUGUAUUCAUGAAUUUACCAAAUCAUAAACAAAAUGCUUAUUUCAUUCAAAUGGAUGAUGAUAGUUGUACAGGAAAUGAAGAUACACGUGCAUUUCUGUUAGCCCAGUUAACAAAUCAUCGAGUUUCUGAAGUUUACUGUUUAGCAUGUCAACAAAUCCUGCCAAUUUAUGAUCAUUUUCCUGUGAUAGAUGGUAUCUUUUUCAUCAGUCCAUUGUGUCAUCGUUCUAAUGAAGGUCAUCGUAAGGGUGGUGGCCUACGAGUUACUUGGCAUACGAAUGGUAUACAGAACCAAUCUGUUCAACAACAACAGCAACAACAACAAACUCAUCGAGCACACAAUACUACUACUACUACUACUAAUAAUAACAAUGAUAACAGCAGUAUCGGUAACCAUUUAGUGUCAUCGACAAAUGAUUAUCAGUCUAUAAAUGAAAUAGCUUUGAAACUUUUAGCUCCAUUAAAAAUUAUCUCACCACCACCUGGUUGUCUUGGACCUAGGCAACAAUUAAAUUCAACACAGCAUAAUAUGAUUAAUACUGGAGCUCUUGGGGGUGGGGCCUCAAAUCAAGGUGCUGGUAGUAAUAAUAACAAUAGUAGUAUACCAUCUAGGUUUUCAACAAAUCAUUCAUCUACUAGGCAAUGCCGUUAUUUACAUGCUUUGUGCAUGAAUUGUAUGCAUUCAGAAAAUUUGGUUGCCACUAGUCAAGUAAAUGAUUUCAAAGGAAUUAUAUGUAAAAUUUGUAGUAAACCUUGGUCUGGUACUUCAUUACUAGUUGGUGGUCUUUAUACUUAUGAUAUAUUUGCUGCUGUACCAUGUUGUUCAGCUCAUUUAACAUGUGGUUCAUGUCAAUCACGUUUAGAUAAUUUAUCAUUAUCAUCCAAUUCAACUUUAUCAUCAUCAUCAUCAUCAUCACCACCACAACCACCACCAACAAAUACUCUACAGUUAUCAUUAAAUGAUCUACCUCAUCAACAUCAAUAUCAUGAUCCCGAUCAACUUUCAAUGAAUAAUGAUCUCAAAAUUAAAUCUUAUCCAUUAAAUUAUUUUAGUCAAUAUAGUAAUUUAAUUAUUUGUCCAUAUUGUUCUAAAGUGGAUUAUCAUUUUGUUAAAUUAUUUGAAGAUUUUUAUGAAAUAUUAUAA